UCAACGAGAAUCCGAUACCUGUAGAUCCCAGACUCGAUAGUCCGGUUUUACAAUUAUACAGCAUGCCGCAGAUCUUCUUCGCGCGCGCGGGGCUCCCGACAGAUAUAUUCGAGGAGGCUCGCGGGAGAAACAAUGUUUCGCGGUUUGAUAGACCCACUAGUCUGCGAUUCACCUCUUCCUGCUUGCGCCGAGUGUGAUCUGAUGCGGCAAUGUGUCAUCGUCAUUCUCGUCAUGGUGUUGAUCGCAUCGCGCUUCACCCACUACGAGCAAUCGAAUCGUGUGGAGGCAGUGAUGUCCAACGAAAGUUCACCCGCGAGCGGUCGGGUGCGUGUAAUAAGUGAGUGGGUGGAAAAUCAAUCUCGUCACUUUUGUCUCGCGAAUUCCUAGCCCCGCGCACCCAACAUCAUCCUCAUCCUCAUAAUCAUCGUCAUACGUCAAUCGUCACCGAUGGUAUCACAGUAUCCACCUCACGCCCUUCGUUGGAACAAGACAACUCA